UACCGCCGCCGCCGCUGUUGUUGUUGUUGUGACGGUGACGCGACAGGCCCGAGAGAACCUCCGCCCCCGGCCCGCCCCGACCCGCGCCAUGAAGUGGAUGUUCAAGGAGGACCACGCGCUGGAGCAUCGCUGCGUGGAGUCCGCCAAGAUCCGGGCCAAGUAUCCUGACCGCGUCCCGGUAAUAGUUGAGAAGGUCUCUGGCUCUCAGAUUGUGGAUAUUGACAAGAGAAAGUACCUGGUCCCAUCAGACAUCACUGUGGCUCAAUUCAUGUGGAUCAUCAGGAAGAGGAUUCAGCUGCCAUCAGAGAAGGCGAUAUUCCUCUUUGUAGAUAAGACUGUCCCACAGUCCAGCUUGACUAUGGGGCAGCUGUAUGAGAAGGAGAAGGAUGAAGAUGGCUUCUUGUACGUGGCCUACAGUGGAGAAAAUACCUUUGGCAUCUGAGUGCAUCACCUUCCCACAGUGUCUUGUAAAUAGCCUCUUGUUUGCGAUCAUGACCCUGAGGCACAUCCGGCAUCUGUCACUGGGUUGAUUUAAUAUAUUGAUAGACUUUUGUUCCUUAGCCUGGUAAUUUAUAAGAGUUUUAUUUCCUCAUUGCACAUUGUACUCAUAGCUGUAAAUUCCAUAGUCGCCUUCCUCUGGGAGACAUUUAAUGGCAUUAUUUAAAUAUUUGAUGCAAGCUAGUUGAAGGAUUACAAAAGAGGGGAAUUUUGAAAUGAAUCUUUGACUAAUAAUUACAAUUUUGUAGUAAUGGAAGCUUCUAGGUUAUUCUAACAGUCUAAAGAUGCUGAUGUAUUGAUUUUGGUUAGUGUGUUCCUCUUGAUAAAUUCUGCUUGAGGAAGCAACGAUUAAAAUUCCUCUCACCAAUA